AUGGCCAGUGCUUGGCCGCCGGUGUUGCGGUUGCGAUGUUGCUGGGCCCGUGUUGCCGGUAUUGCGGGCUUGAUGUUGCGCUGGCGCGCGGGCAUCUCAAAACGGACACGAAUUGGACAAUGGAACGUUAGAGCUCUAAGAGAACCAUCUAGGUUAGCACAGUUCGAGGCGGAGAUGGAGAAACUUCACAUUGCAAUAGCUGGAAUCAGCGAGAUAAGGUGGGCUGGCAGUGGGGAAACAACAACAUUAGAUAGCAAUCUAGUCCUACACAGUGGCAACAGUGACGGCAGAAGAUAUGGAGUGGGAAUUUUCGUGUCCAAGUGCAUAAAGAAGGCACUGGUUUCCUGGAAACCCAUUUCUGAUAGAAUCAUGACCGCCAGGUUCAGAUGUAGAGCUAGAUACAUAAUAAACAUCACUCAAUGCUAUGCCCCGACGGAAGACGCAAACGACGACACUAAGGACGACUUCUAUACUGCCCUUGCAGCAACCCUCAAUAAGCUACGGCAAGGUGAUAUUAACAUCCUCAUGGGUGACUUCAAUGCAAAAAUUGGCCCCAACAACACCGGACUAAGAUCUGUCAUGGGCCAGCAUGGAACUGGGACUCGCAACGAUAACGGAGAAAGAUUAGUGGAACUCUGCCAGCUAUUCCAAAUGGUCAUCGGCGGCACAAUAUUCCCACACAAAGAUGUCCACAAAUACUCCUGGACAUCUCCAAGUGGUAAUACGCGCAACCAGAUCGACCACAUAUGCAUUAGCAGGAAAUGGAGACACUCGCUACUGGACGUACGGAACAAAAGGGGAGCAUCUAUAGACAGUGACCAUGAGUUGGUCAUUGCAGAACAUUUAAUAAAGCUCAACCGCAACCACUCAAGGAACACUGGCAACAGUCAACACCGGCGAGCGCCCCCUCUGAACCUGCACCUCCUUAGCGACUCUACUCUGAAGACGAGAAUGACGUCCACGCUGCGAGAACAGCAGAUCCCCCUAGAAGACCACCCAUGGGAGCACACCUGCAGGCAACUAAGGACCACGGCCUGCAACAACGCGGAAGAUCGGACUGGAUAUUUGAAGAACCUGGGACCUGAUUAG